GCUCGGGAGAGUGGAGUAUGGCUUCGCUGAGUCAGGCACUGCGCGAGCUACAGGGACCUUUGCUCCCCCCGAAGGACCUGGUGGAGGACGAAGAUGAUUAUCUGAGGGGGGAUGCGGAGGAGGAGGAAGAUACGGUGUUUGUCGAUGCCGAGGAGCUCUGCAGUGGGGGCGUAAAGGCGGGCGGCCUCCCUGGUCGGCUCCGUGUUUCAAUUUUUGAUGAAAACACUCACCAGCAAUGUGAAGUGUUUGGACGUUUUCCAUUAAUGGGUCCUUGGUGGCGAGUGAAGGUACAGGUACAGCCUGUAGGAUCGAGGAGCUAUCAAGUUCAAGGAUUUCCUUCUUACUUUUUACAGUCAGAUAUGUCAGCACCAAAUCAGUUACACAUCUGUUCCCUCUUUCUUAAAGACUGUAAUGUCCCCAGUGAAAACAGAAAUAAAUUUUUAGCAUGGGUAAAUGAUGAAUCAAGUUAUAAAGACCUCAACUUUGAAAAUCUUAGGGAAAAAUUAAGAACUUACCAAAAGAAUAUUGAAAGGAAUACUCAAAAACAAUCUACACAGAAAACGCAAGAAGAGUCACCACCAGAUUACGAGAUACUGCUUCCUCUGGAAAACACAAUUCCAUAUAUAACUGUGAUGAGAGCUUUGCAGUUUCCAAAAAUAAUGGAAUUCCUUCCAGUUCUUCUGCCCCGACACUUUAAACGGCUCAUAAGCUCAGAUUCUGCAGAGGUGUUGGAAGAGAUAGAAGAGAUUUUACGUACACAGCCAUGGAAACUCGGAUUUCGUAAAAUAACCUACAGACAGUUGAAGCUUCUGCAAUGUGAGGCAAGUUGGACAUCGUUUUGUCAGUGCAGGUCUCUUCUCCAGUUGAUGACUGACUUGGAGAAGAAUGCAUUAGUAAUAUAUUCUGAACUGAAGCAGAUGUGUAGACAGCAAGGGCACACGUGUGUUGAAGAAGCUGACUUAACUUCUGAAUUGUCAGACCGCAUGUCUUUUCAUGAUGCUUGGCAGUCUCUGAAGUUCUUGAAGGAUAUUGGUGUGGUGACGUAUGAGAAGGGCUGUGUCUUUCUUUACGACCUUUACCAGGCUGAAAGAGGCAUUGCCUCUUCAAUCUGUGACCUGAUGACAAGGUCGCCAUGGCGAUUACAUGUUGAUGUCAAAAAGGUGCUUGCGUCUAUUCACACCACAGGACCUGAGAAUUCAGGAAGUGAUGCUACGCUGAAUAACAGUAAACCUGAUGAAACAAGAUUAGAAGAUCCUGUGGAUAUUUGGGACACGCAGGACAGCGGAGACCAUAUUUUGGAUAAUGGUGAAAAUGAAGUUAAGGCAGAAAUAAGUGAAGUCCAACUGGAUCAGGAUCAGGUGGCUGCUUUGGACAUGAUUUGCUCCAAUGCUGUGACAGUCAUAAGUGGGAAAGGUGGUAGUGGGAAGACCACAAUUGUUAGCCAGCUUUUUAAGCAUAUAGAGCUGUUGGAAGAAAGAGAAGUGAAAAACGCUUGUGAAGAUUUUGAACAAGACCAGAAUGUACCAGAAGAAUGGAUUACCUUCACCCAGCAAAGUCAGCUGAAGCCGGGCAAGGCUAUAGAAGUUUUACUUACAGCACCUACAGGGAAAGCAGCUGGCUUACUGAGACAGAAAACUGGUUUCAACGCUUAUACGCUAUGUCAGGUCAAUUAUAGCUUCUACUUAUGGGAGAAAAAAACAAGGACCAAGGACAUGCCAUGGAAAUUUUCUUCGGUUAGAGUUCUGGUUGUGGAUGAAGGGAGUUUGGUAUCUGUCAGAAUCUUUAAAUCAGUUUUAAAUUUACUGUGUGAGCACUCCCAACUUUCUAAGCUUAUUGUCCUUGGUGAUAUUAGACAGUUACCCAGUAUUGAACCUGGUAACUUGCUGAAAGAUCUUUUUGAGACUCUCAAGUCAAGAAAUUGUGCUGUUGAACUAAAGACAAACCAUAGAGCAGAAUCUGAACUAAUUGUGGACAAUGCUACAAGAAUCUCAAGACGCCAGUUUCCAACAUUUGAUGCAGAGCUGAAUAUCUCUGAUGAUCCAACAUUGCCUGUCUCAAUACAAGAUAAAUCAUUUAUUUUUGUUAGACUCCCAGAAGAAGAUGCCAGUUCUCAGUUCUCAAAAAGUAAUCAUCACUCUUAUUUAUAUUCUGCAGUUAGUACUUUACUCAAAGAAAAGGACCUACAAGAUGCAAAAACAUCACAAUUUAUUGCAUUUAGAAGGCAGGACUGUGACGUGAUCAACACCUGCUGUUGCAAGCACUACACGGGCCGUCUAAUCAAAAACCAUCAGAAUAGACUUGAAUUUGGAGUUGGUGAUAAAAUUUGUUGUACCAGGAAUGCGUAUCUCUCAGACUUACUCCCUGAAAAUACCUUCAACAGCCAACAAAAUAAUGAACUAAAGGCCAGUGGUGAAGACUUCAAUGGUACUCCUCAUGGUUUUGCUAAAAAUAAGCAUGACUUUGAAAGUGGUAUUCGACUCUGCAAUGGAGAAGUAUUUUUCAUAACAGAGGAUAAAACUGAUAUAACUUUUGGAAAGCAAAGAUUUUUGACCAUUAAUAAUAUGGCUGGCUUCGAAGUAACUGUGGAUUUUGGGAAACUAAUGCAAUAUUGUCACAUAAAACAUGCAUGGGCAAGAACUAUUCACACUUUUCAGGGGUCAGAGGAGAAGACAGUGGUGUAUGUGGUUGGGAAGGCGGGCCGCCAGCACUGGCAGCACGUGUACACAGCGGUGACCCGGGGCCGCUGCAGAGUAUACGUCAUUGCAGAAGAGUCUCAGCUUCGGAGCGCAAUUAUGAAAAACAGCGUUCCCAGAAAAACUCGUUUAAAACAUUUUUUGCAAAACAAGCUCUCCGAGAGCUGUGCAUCUCCAGCAGAGUUUGCAUCCCCAUCAAAGAGCCCUGAAGACAGCAGGAGACCCAGCACCCAUCCCUCGGCAUCCCCACUCCCUACAGUCACAGAUGACAGGGUGACAGAUGACGUCCCCAGAAGGAGGGCCUCUGUGGCUGGUGACACGCUGUUUGCCUUUGCUGAAGGAUGGAAAUUAUCUUCAUCUGAUGCAGUGCAUGCAACUGAGGAUCCGUCACAAUCGAGAGGGUCCAAAAGAACAUGUUGCACGAAUGCCGCUGCAAGUCCAAGCAAAAUUCUUAUGGUGGAAGAAUCAUCUCCACAAGUGUCUUCUAAACUUCAGAAUUUGAGACUAAAUAGUUUAACCCCCAGGCAACUUUUCAAACCUACAAAUAAUCAAGAAACUUAGUUUUAUUUCAGAUUGCUCAAAGUAAUUGUUUUUUUCCAUUCAACACAAAAUGAACGUCGUAGCUUCAAAGGAUCAAGACAAAAGAGGAUGUCUAUUAACUGGAGUUUUAUUUUAAGGCAUUUGUGUUAGCAGAUGUUUUCAAAUCAUGUCAUCAAAGAAAACCUUAGUGAUUUUGACAUCUGUCAUCAGGAGAACUGACAGCACUGAUCAUGUAUGAGGGAAAAAUAUGUUAUAUAUAUAUUUUUUUAAAAACUGUACUUUUAAAAGUGUUUUAUUUUUAGAAUAAUGCCUUAUUAACUUCCAUCAUCGUUGUGGGUGAUCUUUGCCAUUGGGUUGAAGCAGUGGUAAAGAUAAACUGUAAUUAUAUCUCUUAAAUUAUUAACACAUAUUCUAGGACAUUGUGUCUUCUGCAAAGUGGUCAUCUCACAAGGCUGCUACUUGCUCCGUCACUGCUGCUUGGGCCUACCUAGUACAUUUUCCUGGAAAUUCCUGCUGAGCUGGAAGCACAUUGGUUUUGGUUUUUGUUUUCUUAAUUUGAGAUAUAAUUGACAUAGGACAUUGGGUAAGUUUAAGGUGUGCAU